UCUUUCUAAUGAAUUGAAAAAUCAACCAGUUGAAUCAGAUGAUAUUAAUAAAGAUAACUUUGAAGAGUAUGAAGAAUAUAAUAUAGUUUCAGAAAAUAAAGAUAAAGAAAUUGAAGAAAUUGUUGCAACAAAUAUAACAGAUAGAAGUUACUUGAUUGAAAUAGAUGAACAUGAA